AUGACGGUGCCUCUGCUGAAGAUCGGGGCCGUGCUCAGCACCAUGGCCAUGGUCACCAACUGGAUGUCCCAGACGCUGCCCUCGCUCGUGGGGCUCAACGGCACCGCCGUGUCGCGGGCCGGCACCUCCGAGAAGAUUACCCUCUUCCAGAGCCCCGAUGAGGGCUGGCAGGUCUACACCUCGGCGCAGGCCCCCGACGGCAAGUGCCUCUGCACCGCUGUCAUCCCCGUGCAGGGCACCUGCUCCCGGGACCUGCGCAGCCACCAGCUCCGCCAGCUCACGGAGAAGGUGCAGAACAUCUCGCAGUCCAUGGAGGUGCUGGACCUGCGGACCAGCCGGGACCUGCAGUACGUGCGCAACACGGAGGCGCUCAUGAGGGGCCUGGACACCCGGCUGCGGGCGGCCGCCGAUGGCCAGCGGAGCCUCAGCACCAAGAGCUUCCAGGAGCUCAAGGACAAGAUGAGGGAGCUGCUGCCGCUGAUCCCCGUGCUGGAUCAGUACAAAGCGGACACGCGGAUGAUCGUGCACCUGAAGGAGGAGGUGAGGAACCUCUCGGGGAGCCUGCUGGCCAUCCAGGAGGAGAUGGGCGCCUACGACUACGAGGAGCUGCAGCAGCGGGUGCUGCUGCUGGAGGCGCGCCUGCACGCCUGCGUGCAGAAGCUGGGCUGCGGGAAGCUGACGGGCGUCAGCAACCCCAUCACCAUCCGCGCCUCGGGCUCCCGCUUCGGCUCCUGGAUGACCGACACGAUGACACCCAGCGCCGACAGCCGGGUGUGGUACAUGGACGGCUACUACAAGGGGCGCCGCGUGCUGGAGUUUCGGACCCUCAACGACUUCGUCACGGGGCAGAACUUCGUGCAGCACCUCCUGCCGCACCCCUGGGCCGGCACGGGCCACGUGGUCUUCAACGGGUCGCUCUACUACAACAAGUACCAGAGCAACGUGGCGGUGAAGUACCACUUCCGCUCGCGCAGCGUGCUGGUGCAGCGCAGCCUGCCCGGCGCCGGCUACAACAACACCUUCCCCUACUCCUGGGGCGGCUUCUCCGACAUCGACUUCAUGGUAGACGAGAGCGGGCUGUGGGCCGUCUACACCACCAACCAGAACGCCGGCAACAUCGUGGUGAGCCGGGUGGACCCGCAGACGCUGGAGGUGCUGCGCAGCUGGGACACGGGCUACCCCAAGCGCAGCGCCGGCGAGGCCUUCAUCAUCUGCGGCACCCUCUACGUCACCAACUCCCACCUGGCCGGCGCCAAGAUCUACUUCGCCUACUACACGAACACCUCCAGCUACGAGUACACAGACAUCCCCUUCCACAACCAGUACUCCCACAUAUCCAUGCUGGACUACAACCCGCGGGAGAGGGUUCUCUACACCUGGAACAACGGCCACCAGGUCAUCUACAACGUCACGCUCUUCCACGUCAUAAAGACGUCGGGUGAGCUGUGACCCCUCCGGGCCCCGCGCCGGAGACGGGCUGCCUUCCUCCCCCUCCUCCUCCGUCCUUCUCCUCCUCCUCCGUCCUUCUCCUCCUCCUCCUCCGUCCUUCUCCUCCUCCACCUCCUCCAUCCUUCUCCUCUGCCGCCUCCUCCUCCCCGUCCUCCUCCUCCCCCCCAUCCUCCUCCUCCUCCCCAUUCUCCUCCUCCUUUUCCUCCUUCACCUCUAUUUUUUUAUAAUCUUUUCCAUUUGUUUCUUCCCAUGGUCAAUGGCGCAUGGAUCUCGUCUGCCUUCAUUCAAGCUGACCUCAGUCUGUUUUUUUUUUUUUUUUAAUUUAU